GCUCUCCGAGUAGUUAGUGCCAGUGAAGUGCGGGCGGCGAUGAGAGCGAAAGUUGCGCUCGGCUCGGCGCUGGGGGCUUGAAGCAGCUCUGCGCUCCGCCCGCUAGGGCCGCCCCCAACCCCAACUCGCGCCCGCCGCCCUCGCCCGGCCCCGCGCCGGCCCGCAUCCCCCAGUCCCGGCGCCCCCUCCUCAGGAGCCGCGCGUCCCGGUCACUUUCGCCCGGCCCCGGCCCCCGCCGAUGCCGGCCAUGGUGGAGAAGGGCCCCGAGGUGUCAGGGAAGCGGAGAGGGAGGAACAACGCGGCCAGCGCGGCCGCCUCGUCCGCCGCCUCAGCCGCCUCCUCCUCGGCCGCCGCCUCGUCCACCGCCUCGGCCGCCUCCUCCUCGGCCGCCUCCGCAUCGGCCGCCUCCUCCUCCGCGGCCGCCUCGGCUGCCUCGGCCGCCGCCGCCCCCAAUAAUGGGCAGAAUAAAAGUUUGGCGGCGGCGGCGCCCAAUGGCAACAGCAGCAGCAACUCCUGGGAGGAAGGCAGCUCGGGCUCGUCCAGCGACGAGGAGCACGGUGGCGGCGGCAUGCGGGUCGGACCCCAGUACCAGGCGGUGGUGCCCGACUUCGAUCCCGCCAAAUUAGCAAGACGCAGUCAAGAACGAGACAAUCUGGGCAUGCUGGUCUGGUCACCUAAUCAGAAUCUGUCAGAAGCAAAACUGGACGAGUACAUCGCCAUCGCCAAAGAGAAGCACGGGUACAACAUGGAGCAGGCUCUUGGGAUGCUCUUUUGGCAUAAACAUAAUAUUGAAAAAUCAUUGGCUGAUUUGCCCAACUUUACCCCCUUCCCAGAUGAGUGGACUGUGGAAGAUAAAGUCUUGUUUGAGCAAGCCUUUAGUUUUCAUGGGAAAACGUUUCAUAGAAUCCAACAAAUGCUUCCGGAUAAAUCCAUAGCAAGUCUGGUGAAAUUUUACUACUCGUGGAAGAAGACACGAACCAAGACCAGUGUGAUGGAUCGUCACGCCCGCAAACAGAAGCGCGAGCGGGAGGAAAGUGAGGAUGAACUUGAAGAAGCAAAUGGAAAUAAUCCCAUUGACAUUGAGAUUGAUCCAAAUAAGGAGAGCAAAAAGGAGGUGCCUCCUACUGAGACAGUUCCUCAGAUCAAAAAAGAGAAACAUAGCACACAAGCUAAAAACAGAGCAAAAAGGAAACCUCCAAAAGGAAUGUUUCUUUCUCAAGAAGACGUGGAGGCUGUUUCUGCCAACGCCACAGCUGCUGCCACGGUGCUGAGACAACUGGACAUGGAACUGGUUUCAGUCAAACGACAGAUUCAGAAUAUUAAACAGACAAACAGUGCUCUCAAAGAGAAACUUGAUGGUGGGAUAGAGCCAUACCGACUUCCAGAGGUCAUUCCGAAGUGUAACGCACGCUGGACCACAGAGGAGCAGCUCCUGGCCGUACAAGCCAUCAGGAAAUAUGGCCGAGACUUUCAGGCAAUCUCAGAUGUGAUUGGGAACAAAUCAGUGGUACAAGUGAAAAACUUUUUUGUAAAUUAUCGACGCCGCUUCAACAUAGAUGAAGUUUUACAAGAAUGGGAGGCAGAACAUGGGAAAGAAGAGACCAAUGGGCCCAGUAACCAGAAACCUGUGAAGUCCCCAGAGAAUUCUGUCAAGAUUCCUGAAGAGGAAGACGAGGCUGCUUCUGUUCUUGACGUCAGAUAUGCCUCUGCCUCCUGAGAAACUCUGGUAGCCUCCAGUACUUGGUAUGGACAACUGUGUUACCCAGGAUAUCAGGUAUUACAAGACAUCACCUAGCCAUCUGCAUCACAUCUCUGUGGACAAGCAGCUAUUACCAAAAAGGCAUACACUUCCAGUCCUGUGCUACAUCUGCCUUAAUUCUUUGCUCGUUCCUCCAUGUUGGCGCCACGUCUCAGAGAGCUCCACUGCGUCUCACACUCUGCCUAAGUGCGGAGGGAGCCUCCUGGCCUGCACGCCUCCUGUGACUCUGGGGACCGCCGCCCCAGUCGGAGCUCCUGAGCCCUAUCAAUGGCAGCUCUUCCCGUCAGCGGCUUCAGAACAGGUAGUCGACUCGGAAGGCACGACUCUGCUCCUGCAUGGCCUGCAAUUUCUACUUUGUGCAUAUUGUAAUUUUCAGAGUAACUGUGACCCUGUUGGCCUUCUAGAAAGUUUCUCUUGUUCUUUUCUGAGGCAUCCACCUAAGUGAUAUCAUGCUUCUUUGGAAAUCACAGUACAUUGGCAGACUGCAUUAUAACCUUUAUCGUGCCAAACAUCCUGAUUCAAUUCACAUUUCCCUGAAUAUAGGGUAUAAUUAUGGUUCAUAAGUGUAGUUGGCUUAAAUCUCUCCUUCUCCUUUCCCAGUUGGUAGGAAACUCAUUCGCAGCAACUCUCCUUGGACACUGUAGCUUAAAAGGAACGUGGACCUCAACACUUUCUGCCUUCGAUUCUCAGCAUUGUAAUCAGGAUGGGUGCCGCCCUGUCUUUUCCUGACCCCCCUCACCACCCAGCUCCAAGAGAUUUGGUCCAUACCACUACUGUACCUGGUGCUUGUACAUUUGGAAUUGGUGCCUUCUCCUUUUGGCAACCAUGUUAUGAAUCCUUUUUCUGUUUUAGUGUCUUACUUCUUCUUUAAAGUUUAUUGCUUGCCAAAGAUGACAUCACUAAGAUUGGGAGAUGGGAGAACUUGCUGCAGAUCUGAAGAGUGCAGAUUUGAAAUGUUACAUUAGCUCAGCAAAGGGUAUUAGAGUCGCUGGUGAUGGUUUUGUACAACUGCACGUUGUUUGUUCCCCAUCCUCUCGGUAUGCCUGGCCUUUUAUAUGUCACUCCACAUGUCCUUUUGUGUCCUUCAUGUACUGAUGCGACCACAUAAACACCAUCCUCUCUCUUUUCAUAUAGUACAGGACAGAGAAGUGGUCAAUUUAUUGGUUCUAGUGAGACCAAGAUGAAAAGAAACAAUCUACAAAGUGGUAUGUAUUGCCUUUUGGUUGGACUGGCACAAGUGAAAACUUAUGAUAAAUGUCCUGAGGCUUCCAGAAUCCCUUUUAUUCUCUUGCCUGGCCGUGGACCUGUGGAGGGGCUGAGGGAUCCUGUUGCGCUGCAUUUGAACUCCCUGCCCCUUCCCACGGUCAGUUCAGCCUGCACUAAAGAUGCGAAGGAGCGUUUUUGUUCUUGUUUUUUGCAUCAUUUAAAUAUUUUUACCGCUUUCAAUACCAAAAAGUAAAGAAUGCAGAUGCUUUAAGGUGGCAUAAACAGAAUUCUUAAGAGUUUAAAAUAUGCAAUUAAAAUGUAUGUGUUCUGAC